AUGCGCAAGGUGCGCGACGCGCCGUUUUUCCAGCGCGUGCGCUACGUGCCGCCCUGCACGCCGUGGCGCUCAAACAAGAACGCGAAUGACUCGGGCCACGCUACUCAUAUGGAGGACAAGUUUUUGGCAAGGUGUGGGGUGAAAUUAGUAAAGACACAAUUGAAGAAUAAAUUGGACAAUUUGAAAAAAGAUUACACACAGUUAAUGGAAUUGAAGAAUGCUGCGACUGGUCUUGGAUGGAAUGAGGCAAAUCAAAUGGUUGACUGCUCGGACAUAUGGUGGAAUGAACACCUUGAGAGAUGCAACAACAGUGAGAGAGGUGUGAAGUACAAUCAUGUGAGAUUCCGGAAACGUGGUCCAAAAUACCUUGAUGAUUUGCAUUUCUUGUUUGAUAAGGUGCAUGUCACUGGAGCUACUGCAUUCUGUCCGGGAGAUAUUUCCUCUGGUGAAUCCUCAAGUGACGAUGUGUUAGAGGUUGCACAGAAAGGGGAUGACAGUUCUGCAAUCAAGCUUUCAGCUUUGAAGAAACCAAAAGCACCCGGGAAGAAGCGCAAACAAACAUGCGGAGCAGCUGAAGACAAGGAGGAGAAAAGUCCUUUCUUCAGAAUGUAUAAGAACACGUGCCUGAAAAUUGAUAGUGUAGCUGACAAGAUUGGAUCAAGUGUUGAAGCAUCAUCAGUUCAGCCAUCCAGCAAUGUCCCUUCUCUUCCAGAUGCUAUGAAGUUGGUCAAGGAGUGUGGUGUGCAGGAAAAAACUGCUAUGAUGCACACAGCUGCGUUGUUGAUCAUGAAGCCGGAAUUUAGGCACAUCCUUUUCUUACUUGACACGAAAGAAGGCAGAUAUGACUUUAUUGAGAGAGAGCAUGAGAAGGAGAUGAAGAAGGCUGCGUGA